AAAGGGGGAAAGGGUAAUUGAAUAUCUAUCACCACUCACUCAAGAUUGGUCUUGAUCUUGCUGAGAGAGCCUCCUCCACCCACUAAAUCCUUUAUUUCUUUUACCCAUUUUACCCAAUUUCAAUCAAAUAACGUAAAUUAUACCGCAAAUCGAAUAUAUAUGCAUCGUAUAGAUACUUGACAAGAAAAAAGAAUCCUUCAUCAGUUGUUGAGGUGCUUAUAAAUAUGAGGGGAGGGGGAUUGUGGCAGCUUGGUCAAUCAAUUACCCGUCGCUUGGCUCAGUCGGAUAAGAAAACAGUUGCUCGUCGAUGCUUUGCAUCAGAGGCGGACCUCAAGAAGACAGCUCUGUACGACUUCCAUGUCGCCCAUGGUGGGAAGAUGGUCCCUUUUGCAGGCUGGAGCAUGCCGAUUCAGUACAAGGACUCGAUCAUGGACUCCACGCUCAACUGUAGGGAGAACGGCAGCCUCUUUGAUGUUGCACAUAUGUGUGGUCUGAGUCUCAAAGGAAAAGACUGCAUCCCCUUUCUUGAGAAGCUCGUGAUUGCUGAUGUCGCUGGCCUUGCACCCGGAACAGGGACUUUGACUGUUUUCACUAAUGAGAAAGGUGGUGCGAUCGAUGAUUCAGUUAUCACUAAGGUGACUAAUGAGCACAUUUACUUGGUUGUGAAUGCUGGAUGCAGAGACAAAGAUCUUGCCCAUAUCGAGGAACACAUGAAAGCGUUCACAUCGAAAGGUGGGGAUGUUUCUUGGCAUAUCCACGAUGAACGAUCUCUUUUGGCCCUCCAGGGACCCCUUUCUGCCCCGGUUUUGCAGCACUUGACGAAAGAAGAUUUGAGCAAACUGUACUUCGGUGAGUUCCAGGUGUUGGAUAUCAACGGGUCACUUUGCUAUCUCACAAGAACAGGGUACACCGGUGAAGAUGGUUUUGAAAUAUCAGUCCCGUCUGAGAAUGCAGUCGAUCUGGCAAAAGCCAUUCUGGAGAAAUCCGAAGGCAAAGUGAGGCUGACAGGGCUAGGUGCUCGGGACAGUCUUCGUCUAGAGGCUGGCUUAUGCUUGUACGGAAACGACAUGGAGCAACACACAACCCCUGUCGAAGCAGGACUCACAUGGGCCAUAGGGAAGCGGAGAAGGGCAGAAGGCGGAUUCUUGGGCGCAGAUGUGAUACUGAAGCAGAUUGAGCAAGGGCCAUCUAUCAGGAGAGUCGGGCUCUUCUCUGCUGGCCCGCCUGCCAGGAGUCACUGCGAGAUUCAAGACGAGAAGGGCCAGAACAUAGGCGAAGUCACGAGUGGAGGAUUCAGCCCUUGUCUAAAGAAGAACAUAGCCAUGGGGUAUGUGAAAUCUGGACACCACAAGAAUGGCACCAAACUGAAGAUCGUCGUACGAGGGAAGGUCUACGACGGAUCCAUCACUAAAAUGCCUUUUGUUCCUACCAAGUAUUACAAGUCACCUUGAUUUUUUCUUAUUUGUUCAAUAACUGUUGCUUCUGAGGUACUACUUUUUCUGGUGAACUCAAAAAUGGUGCAAAUCAACUAUCAAAUUUCAUGUCA